AUGGUAAAUUUUUGGCACUUUAUUUGUAAUCAAAAUGAAUUGCAGGCAUCGCUUCAAUAUCUGGAACAAUUGGCUCAACAAAAUCUGUCUGAAUUUUUGAAACAAUUGUCCGAAAUCUUAAGUAAUAUAUCCAACGAUGCGGUCAUACGAAUGGCGGCCGCUCUUCAGCUCAAGAAUCACUUGACCUCCAAAGAUGUGGAAAUUCAGAGACAAUUCCAACAGCGAUGGCUCUCUUUCUCCGAAGAGGUCCGCAAUUAUAUAAAACAAAAUGUAUUGAAUUCGUUGGGAACGGAGAACUCGCGGCCGUCAUCGGCGGCCCAAUGCGUGGCCUACAUCGGGGUCGCAGAACUUCCUCACGGGCUUUGGCCGAAUCUGAUCCAAAUCCUGACCCAAAACGUAACCAAUCCUAACAGUACCGAAAUGAUGAAGGAAUCCACUCUCGAAGCCAUCGGUUAUAUCUGUCAAGACAUCGACCCCGAGAUUCUGGUCAGUCAGUCGAACAACAUUCUGACGGCUAUAGUUCACGGUAUGCGCAAAGACGAGACCUCCACUCACGUGGUGUUGGCCGCGACCAACGCUCUCCACAACUCACUUGAGUUCACAAAAGCCAACUUCGAUAAAGACACCGAAAGACAUUACAUUAUGCAAGUGGUCUGUGAGGGCACACAAUGUCCCGAAAUUAAAGUGAAAGUGGCAGCCCUUCAAUGUUUGGUCAAAAUAAUGUCUCUCUAUUACCAACAUAUGGAGCAAUACAUGGGUCCGGCGCUGUUCGCCAUCACAAUGCAGGCCAUGCGCUCAGAACACGACGAGAUCGCACUCCAGGGCAUUGAGUUCUGGUCCAACGUAUGCGACGAAGAAGUGGAUCUGUCUAUUGAGGCGUCGGAUGCGGCAGAACAGGGAAGACCUCCGUCCCGAUCGUCGAAGUUCUACGCGAAGGGAGCGCUUCAAUAUUUGGUGCCAAUUCUCGUCCAAUCACUGACCAAACAGGAAGAGUCUGAUGAUGAGGACGACUGGAAUCCAUGCAAAGCGGCCGGAGUUUGUCUGAUGCUUAUGGCCUCGUGUACUGAAGAUUCAAUUAUACCUCAUGUCCUGCCAUUCGUUCGCGAAAACAUCACAAGCAAUGACUGGAGGUUUAGAGACGCGGCGGUCAUGGCUUUCGGGUGUAUACUCGAAGGUCCAGAACAGGCGACUCUUCGCCCCAUUGUUGAGAACGCGUUGGAAACACUGAUUCGUUUGAUGGGAGACCAGAGUGUCAUCGUUAGAGAUACCGUCGCCUGGACUAUAGGCCGCAUCUGUGAACUCAUUCCCGAAGCUGUCCUCAAAGACGGCACUUUGAAACCACUUUUGGACGCUCUGCUCGAAGGCCUCAGGUCUGAGCCUCGAGUGGCCGCCAAUGUUUGCUGGGCUUUCAAUUCAUUAGCCGAGGCCUCGUAUGAGUCCGUACAGGAGGGCGACGGCAACGAACCCAAGACCUAUUGUCUGUCGGAAUACUUCGCUGGUAUUGUCCAGAAACUGUUGGAAGCGACCGAACGUCAAGAUGGAGGUCAGGCCAACCUUAGAUCCGCCGCAUACGAGGCACUGAUGGAAAUGAUCAAAAACAGUCCUCUGGACUGCUAUCCCAUAGUCCAAAGCACAACAAUGAUUAUAUUAGAGCGACUCAAUCACGUCCUCUCCAUUGAGAACCACAUUUCAAACCUCGAAAAUCAUAUCCAAAACGCUCCCGACAGGGCUCAGGUCAAUGAUCUCCAGUCGCUUCUGUGCGCAACUCUGCAGUCAGUGCUCCGAAAGAUGACCCCCGAAGACGCGCCCCGUAUAUCGGACGCCAUAAUGACAGCGUUGUUGCAAAUGUUUAACGCGAGCGGAAAGUCUGGUGGCGUUCAAGAGGACGCACUGAUGGCCGUCGGGACUCUUGUCGAGACGUUAGGCGAGAAUUUCCUCAAAUACAUGGAUGUCUUCCGACCCUUUCUCAUCGUUGGUCUCAGAAAUUUUGUUGAAUAUCAGGUGUGUUCGGCUGCUGUGGGACUCGUGGGUGACAUCAGCCGUGCCAUUGGUAUCAAAGUGUUGCCAUAUUGUGAUGAACUGAUGACCGUAUUGUUGGAGAAUCUGCAGAACCAAGCCGUGCACCGAAGCGUAAAGCCUCAGAUCCUGUCGGUGUUCGGCGACAUCGCUCUCGCCAUCAGCACUGAGUUCAAGAAGUAUCUGGAAGUAGUGAUGCAGACACUAAUGCAAGCUUCGCAGCUGCAGAUCGAUCCAAACGAUUACGAUUUGGUCGACUAUCUCAAUGAGUUGAGAGAGAACUGUCUCGAGGCGUACACCGGCAUCGUUCAGGGCCUUAAAGGGGACGCCGAAGUGCCCAACCCUGAGGUGCAACUCAUCCAACAACACAUCCAAUAUAUCGUUCACUUUUUGCUGCAAAUAGCGAACGAUCCGGAGAUCACUGAUUCCUUGAUAGCGGCCAGCGCUGGACUUCUGGGCGAUUUGUGCGCUGCGUUCGGACCGGCGUUGCUAUUGCUGGUGGAGAACGAGCCGAUCCACGCUAUGCUCCAAAAGGGCAAGAAGUCUAAGAUAACGAAGACCCGAACGCUGUCGGGUUGGGCCGUGAAAGAGAUCCGAAAGCUGAGAGCACCCGUCGCUGGUGUGGUGGGCGCCACCGCCGGUCUCGUGAACAAUGUGAUCGGUGCCACACAGUAGUAGUAUAUGUCAUACAGAAUACAAUUAAACAAUUUUAAAUAAAAUCGAUAUCUCAUCCAAUGAGUGUGAAAGGAGAGUGAAAUUUCUUUACAACAAAAAUCAUAAUACAAAACAAUAAUUAUAAUUACAAACAAACAAAUGGUUUUGUACAUCAAAUAACACACCAAUUAAUUCUUGCGCUGCGAUUGAUUCCCACAUUAAAAACUGCUGCGAUUUGCGCCCAAACAGCGCGAAGUAUGCGAGUGUGAGAGCGAGUGUGUGAGUGAGUGAAUGCGAGAGUGAGAGAGACAUACGAAUCUUAUGUCAAACAUUCAAUCAAACAACAGAUCCAACAAUAUAUUCAUAAAAUAAUUGAUACAUUAUUUCAGUACAAAAACACCAAAUAAAACAACAAUAAGAAUACAAUUUAUGAUUUAUAUAUCGAUUACUAUUCAUCUCUAAAAAUAAAUACAAUUAAAUAUGAAUCAAAUUGAAAUCAACAAUAAAUUUAAAAAACAACAUUCAUAUGAAUAAACAUAAGUAUGUAAUCAAUUAAUAUUAAAGACUAUUAAAAUUAUAUUACAAAUUAUACA